AUGUCUUCACUCCACUUCUGCGCAGAAUGCAACAACCUCUUAUACCCGGAAGUCGAUCGUACAAAUCACGUCCUCCUCUACGCCUGUCGCAAUUGCAACUAUCAACAAGAAUCCCGAGAAUCUCUCGUCUAUCGCAAUGACUUGAUGUCCGUCACAAAAGAACAACCUGGUAUCGUCGACAAUCUGAUGAAAGAUCCAACAUUGCGUAGAACACACGAUCUGAACUGCCCGGAUUGCGGUCAUGGAGAGGCGGUGCUGUUCCAGGAUCAGAGUAAGAGGAUCAUGAAUAGGAUGAUCCUGUUCUAUGUCUGUUGUAAGUGUAAUCAUCUGUUUAGGGAUCCGGCUCAACCGGCACCUGCUGCUGGUCCGGGGCAGGUUUGGAACGAUAGGAAGAAGAAGUAG